AUGGCCGACUUCAGCACCAUCCUCUCCUUCCUCGAGACAUCGACAUUCUUCCAGAUCGAACUUGUCGGACUGCUGGCCAGUCUCGUUCUGUCUCUCUCCCUCAGUCAAUCUCUGCCCUACUUUGCGGUAUCCGCCGUCUGCCUCUUCACUUCGCUCGCCACGCUCUUCUGCGAGCUCAUCUACGGCUCCAUCGCCAGCACCUCCUGCUUCGAAGUGACGACAAUACUUUCACUCGUCAUCCUACUUCCGGCAUCUUUCGCCUACGCAAUCGCCUUCCAGACAAAACCGGCGAUCCUACGAUGCCACGCUGCGAUGACGCUCGCCGCUGCGGGACUGUUGGCGCUGAAGGCUUUCGAUAUUCUGCAGGAUACUGCUCGGCCGGUAGAUCUGACCGUCGAUCAAUGUACCCUAGUUGCGGUGGGAUUCGCGGCUAUGCAUCUGCUUGCGGCGCUUUUGCAGCUGUACGAUUGCAGCCAUGCGGCACCACCGCCACCACCGCUGGGACGGUGUUAUGACGAGAAGGUUGCGGCGAUUGUGUGA